AUAGGCUUUGUAUCGUGGCUUUUUUUAUCUUCUUCACUUCAAAGUUUUGGCUUUUGUAUCAUUUCGCACAACGCUUGUGACGUCAUAUAAAGCAAUAUGGCGGACGAUAAGAAAAGCGAAGAUGACAGCAUUAGUAUGUCGAUGCGCGUUACUCUGUUUGGCAUAAGAAAAGCAUUUCCGAAAGUGAAGCAACUUGAAACAGAAGAUUUGGAAAAUCUAAUUAAAGAAAACUGCAGAAAUCUUAUACUGCUGGAUGUACGAAGGAAAGAGGAGUAUGCUGUUAGUCAUUUACCUGGAUCUAUACAUAUUGAUCCUGACGAGACAGCAGAAGCUGUUUUUGGAAAGGUCAAACCAAUUCUUGAUGAUUGUGAAAAUGGAAAAGUAAUUAUUGUAUGUUAUUGUUCGUUGGGAUACCGCUCUUCCUUGAUGGCUCAAAAACUCUAUCCCCACUGUAAAUUGCUUGCUGAAGCACAAAAAAUCAGCUUCAUGCCAGUGAUACAAAACCUUGAAGGAUCAAUAUUUAAAUGGGCAAACGAGGGAAGAGAAAUGAUUGACAAUGAAAAUAGGAAAACCAAAUGUUGUCAUCCUAAUAGUUUUCUAUUGGGGAAAAUUGUUAAAAAGUGAACUGAAAAUGUACGAGACUCAAUCAAACAAUGAACACAAAUCUUCAAUGCUUUGAUAUAAUUUUAGGUUUAUACAGAUUGACUGUAAAAUACUUGUAGGCUCAUAAAUUUUCAUAUUUGUUUAGCUUUCA